AUGACCACUCCUCUCCGGCGCCGAAACGGUCGCAAGGCAGCCUGUGAGGCCUGUCGAAGGCGGAAAUUAGCAUGUGACCACAGUUACCCUACGUGCCAGCGAUGUGAAAAGCUCUCAAUGAAAUGCGUCUAUUUUGAGCGUUCCUUGGCAGACACAAGAGUAAAUAGGAUCACCGAAGACGUAGGACCGCCGCCCAGCCCGUCCAGGGAGCCAGUCCAUGCGCCAUAUGCAUUGGAGAAUUGGCGGGUUCCACAGCAGACCACACCCAUGAUCGACAGCCCCACGGAGUAUCUGGGUCCGACAAGCUUUACGUCAGUUUUUAUGGAGCAUGGUGAUCGGUUUGAGUUGAAGCAUGCAGUUAGAGGAUCAGGGAGUCAGGCAGACCGUGUCACUGAUCCUGAUCUGAGCUCGCCUCCACAACCGAAGUCCGCUGCGGACAGGCAGCGGCUGCAGCUCGGUGCCGAAGUUCUACAACAGAUACCCGGAGAACAGGAUUGUUCCAGUCUCUUUUCGAGGCAUGUCAACCCAAAUGAUGGCUGGAUUCGACUAGCCGCCCAUCACUCGUCAGAGAGGAUGUGGAAUGCAUUCCGCCCGGCCCUAACACGACGGUCGACAGACGACUUGCUGACUCUGGCUGCCCGUAUUUCAGCAAAUAGCAAGGCAACAUUGAAGGGGGAGCAAGAUCCUCAAGCGUGGCUGGCGUCAUUUACCGGGAGGCAGAUGCGGUGGGAAACCUUCGGCAUCUUGUACACCUAUUGGGCGUUCGGAGCGAUAUCCUCAUCCCCGGAGAGCGAGGCCGUCUCCCGGUACUCUCAGGAGCAUCCAUCAGUCAUGGGACCGAAGCAGUUGAUGGCCCACCUAAAGCAUUAUGCGUCCUUGUGCAUUGAUUUGUGCCGGCGGCUUAGCUCAGUCAACGUCCUGUUUGUGUAUCUGCUCUACAAGCACAAUAUCUUAGAAGGUAUUCUGAACGGUGACAAAAGUCUCUCAUGUUGGAUGCAGCAUGGUGAGCUCGUUGCGGUUACCACGUCCAUAGGAUUACAUCGAGAGCUGACAGCUGCAUCAAAACAGCCGACACUGCAGCACGAGAUGAAAAGGAGGGUUUUCGCUGCAGUCUUUAACAUUGACAAGGUCAUAUCAACUUUCACCGGCAGACCGCCAAUGCUGAGUCUAGCAUGUUCAUCGACAUGUCUCCCACUGGACCUGAGCGAUGAGGCGCUGUUGUCAGGCGAUCUUCAGGCUGCAGCCGCUGAGCUGGACUCACAUGGAUGGAACAAAUACGGCCAAAUUUACUCCACGACGAUCCUGCGAUCCCGUACAAUGUUCGCACAAAUUCGACAUGAGAUACUGGAGUUUUUGCAAGCUUCGUUGGAUGCCCCGCCAGAACAGUUGGUAGAACGAGCCAUGUGCGUUUUCCUCGCUGAGCCCAUAUAA